AUGUCUUCUCUUCGCGAACAAAUGCUCAAGACCCUAACGGGCUACAUCGAUGGCUUCAACACCAACACCCCAGAGGGCGCCAUCGCUUACCGCGGCGCAAACUGCAAGCACCGCACCAUCCCUGAGUCGCCGCAUAUGCCGAUGCGUAGCAACGACGAGUACAAUACAUUCAUGACAUCCACAUUCAUGCUCCUGAAGAACUUCCACCUCAAGGUCACGGACGGCUUGAAGCCCAUCAUCGACGAUGAGGCCCGUACGGGUGUACUGCACAUGACCUCGACGGCCGACACUCCGCUCGGCGCGUACAAGAACCAAUACAUCUUUACUUUCUUCCUGAGCGCGGACGGCACCGAGAUCGAAGAGAUCGUCGAAUGGGUUGACUUGGUUGUUCUGAACGAUUUCAUGCCCAGGCUCAUAGCGUACGCGAUGGAGCAUGCACCCAAACCUGAGGCAUGA